AUGGAACGCUUUCGAAGUAUGAUGAACGGUAUGGGCGGCCAGCUUGGCGCUGCUCAUGGAACGGAUAAUCUGCAGUUGAUUGAUAACGCCGAGACCGUCUACAUUUCCUCCCUCGCUCUCCUCAAGAUGCUGCGGCACGGCCGCGCCGGUGUGCCCAUGGAAGUAAUGGGACUUAUGCUGGGCGAGUUUGUUGAUGACUUCACAGUACGCGUCGUUGAUGUCUUCGCUAUGCCACAAAGUGGUACCGGAGUCAGUGUCGAGGCGGUCGACCCGGUGUUUCAGAUGAAAAUGAUGGAUAUGUUGCGGCAAACAGGAAGGCCCGAGUCCGUCGUGGGCUGGUAUCACUCACAUCCUGGUUUUGGUUGCUGGUUGUCGUCGGUGGAUAUCAACACUCAGCAGAGUUUCGAGCAGCUCACACCACGUGCCGUCGCUGUGGUCGUUGAUCCGAUUCAGUCCGUCAAAGGAAAGGUCGUCAUAGAUGCUUUCCGCCUCAUCAACCCUCAAUCUCUCAUGCUCGGACAAGAGCCCCGCCAAAGCACCUCCAACCUGGGUCACCUCAACAAACCGUCGAUCCAAGCAUUGAUCCACGGUCUGAACCGCCACUACUACUCGAUAAACAUCAACUACCGCAAGACUGCGCUCGAGGAGAACAUGUUGAUGAACCUUCACAAGCAAGUAUGGACAGAGUCCCUGCAGAUGGAUGAUUUCCGAACCCAAGGACAGAACAACAAGGAGCGCUUGGACCGACUGGUCAGCUUGUCGGAAGGCUACGAGAAGCGCGUGAAGGAGGAGACGGAGCUUACCAAGGACCAGCUCAAGACGCGCUACGUCGGAAAGCUAGACCCGAAGAAGCAUUUGGAGGAUGUUGGUCAGCAACUCAUUGAGGACAACAUUGUCGCCGUAUCAAGGCAGAUGAUUGACAAGGAGGCCGCGGUGCUGGAGAAGAAGGCGUCUGCUGUCGGUGCAACCGGUAAAGGACGUUCAGAUGACGACCAAAUGGAUGUUGAGGAGGACCUAUGA